AUGGAAUCUGAGAUUCCAGUACCAUUGAAGAGGAAUAAGAAGAAGAAGAGCAUCGACCAUGGCGUGCAUGAGCUCAUGACUCGUGGAGUAGCUUGUGCAGCUCCUAGCUCAUCUUCUUCUGCCAAUCCUUUCGGUGCUCUAGGCAACGCUCUUAUCGAUCGGUUCUUCUUCUAA